AUGAUUCACGUUUCCGCUGUAUCAGCAAAGAAGAAGGCAAUUUCUGCUGCUAAAAUAAGGAGGUUUCAUCAGGUUUUGCUGCACCAGCCAGUCCUUUCACUAGCACCACAAAUGGCAGGGGAAGUUGCACCAGUAGAAGAAGUCACAGAGGUAGCUAGACCAAGUCCAUCAUCAGAUCGUCCAACAGCAACCGGGAUCCACCAGCAUCCGUGGCGGUGUAUCUAG